AUGAAAAGACAGUAUCGAUCCGGCCUAGGCCCCCUAGCAGGUCGCAUGCCUGUAUUACCAAACUUCAUCCACCCUCAAACACAACUCCGAGUGAGCGGAACGGUUUACACCACCCCGGGAAAUACUCCUGUUGCUCCCCGCAUCUUGGUGGAAUUUGCCGCUGCUGCUGCUGCUGCGCUGGCGUGGAGAAAGAACGAAGCAUCGCUGAAGGCGACUAUCGUACUCUGCGAGUCUGAACUUGGCAAUAGGUGCAACGUCUGGUUUGGCAUGAUGGGCAGUAGUCGAUUUUCGUGGUCAUUCCAGAGUCACCGCACUGGCACUGCUCAAUGUCAAUCAUUGCGUGGGAGAAGUGAUGAUGGAUUGAUUUUGACUUACACACGUCCAGACCUCGACGAAUCAAUCCAUCUCUUUAUACUUCCAAAACCUCAAAAUCAAGUCCCACGUCCCCUCGAGCGUAUCGUCCGCAGAGUCCCACUGACAUUACAAUCGACGGCUGUGUCGAGAAAGCCUGGCCAAGGCAAUGAAAUUGUUGACCAACGAGGUUUCAAGCCACCGUACAAAAUCGUCUUGGUGGAGACUCCUGUCGUCGAGCUGGUGCCCAUCGUGGCUGUUCCAGAAGGCAUCCUGCUUGCCUCGGCGAAAGUUGGCGCAGUGACGAGUUCACACUCCAUAACGCGACGUCGAAGACCACAACUGCGCCUGCCUAUCAAGACACCUCCAGACGAUUGGUAUGUAACGUCUGCCCUAGUAGUGCAGGCAGAUAGGAACACCUACGGUGGGUGA